AUAAUAAUGGCUGAGAAUAAGAGUUCGAGUGAACUGCCCGAUAAGAAGACUCUUGAUAUGAACAAGGAAUGGGUGCAGGAGCUGGAGGCUAUUUUCUACAGCUACAGAAACUACGACGUGAGCAAGAUCAGAGUUCAACAGUUUUUGGACAGAUCAUCCAACUUCCUCAUCUACGAUUUCUACACCUCCAACCUUUCUCUGGACGCGACGCAGUAUUUCCAAGCAGGAAUCACUCAAAAGGACGUCGGACUGAGCAAAGACUACAUCCUCCUCAUGCGGAAACUCUACAGUAUGCUGACGGAGCCGAGCAAGCAGUUCUUCCAGGAGGAAUUCGUGAAGGAAUGGCAAUUUCACGAAAUUGAUUAUACGCCAUACUUCGAAACGCUCGUACCCAGAUUCAGGGAGAAAGUUGCGAGCCUAUUGGAUGAAAUUUCCAAAAAUCCAAAAGAAGUCGACGAUGAUUUUCAGGAAGAGCUCCGCUGGCACCUGCUCUACUCACCAGCCACCACUCUUAUGGAAAUGUUCACUCAAUGCCUCAAGAACUUCGACAUCGCCGGAAUUUGCAUAGAAGUGUGCCAAAAAGUGCCACAAUUGUUCUUCGAUCGUCGGUUGAAAAUGUAUCACACGGAAUACGAAACCGAUCGAGUUGAAUCACUCAUGGCUCUCGUUUUCCGCAGAUUGAUCCUCAAUAAGCGUUGGGUGGAUACUAGUAACGAAGAGUGGCGCAAUUUGGAACAACUCGCAAGAGUCAUAUGCUCAGGAAAGGAACCCGCGUUGAUGUCCGCAUGGGCACUUCUGGAUGUGGUGCUUUGCGAACUCUACACAGAGAACAGAAUUCCCAUGAUAUCGGUGGAGGUUUUGAGCGAGAUUGCUGCAAAAAUUGUCGAAAACUUCGAUAAUUUGGAGUAUGCCACGUCGGCGAGAUCUAAGCCAGCUGACAAAGUUCUCUUGACUCCCUCGAUCAUUUGUUUCUUGCUCAACACUAUUGAUGACGCGAACGUUUCGAAUACAGUCAUUGAAAACUGUAAAAUGAUUCUCAAGGCGAUUGGUCAAUCCAUGAAGCAGCCAUUCGAUGAUGAAGCGAAGAGCUACUUGACUUCUGAGGUUUUGAGAAAAUUCCCGUGGCCCGUAGAAUUCGCAUGUUCAACGUGGUUCAAGUCACUGGAAGUUGAGAAGCGACGCAUUCCAUCAGCGAUCUACAAAGCAGUCAAUGGAGCAAUUGAGGAGACAUUCGACGAAAGAAGCGGAAUUUUUGGUCAAUCGGACAAUAAAGGAGACGCAGAACGAUGCUCGUCUCCAUCAUCUCAAUCUUCAGUGAAGACGGCGAUAUCGAUUGGCGAUAAAUCAGGCACCGCUGUUGAUAAUUUGAAGAUGAAUGAGCUGAAUCUGAGCCCAAUGUCAGCAGAAACUGUAGAAGAUGAGAAAAGCUGUAAAUCCGCGUUGGUCGCAGAGAUAUUCGAGGAAAUCCCACUGGAAACUGAUCAAAACAUCUCAGUUUUUGAAGAUCCACUCGAAGUUCUCACGGAAUACCUCGAUUAUAUCAUCACGAUGGGAGUGUUCGACGUCUCGUGCGCCAACGAGCUCAUGUGUCACAGCUCAGUCACGUUUGAAUCCACGGAACAGCUGGAGAAAGUUAUGAAGAAGGCGUUUGAGGAGAACUUCGAGAUCGCAAAAGCCGGCCCACAGCGUAUCAGAGAGAUUUGUGCGAAGAUUUUGGAGGUUUUCGCUCCAAGCUCGUCGGAAUCGGACCACGACCGUAUCGCUUCUUCGCUCAUUGAGGUCAUUCCAACAGAAAAAUAUGAGGACACUGGACCAAGAUGCACUCAGGAUUUAAAGAAAUCGGAAAUCAUUCAGCCUCUGGUCAUCAUUCCAGACAAAACAUCUAUGGAACGCUGGCCGCCAACUGAAUACCGUUAUAAACCAAAUGAAAUCAAUGGAUCUCGUAACUCUGCACGACAUGAACGUGAAGUUCGCAAGCAAGUUGCAUUAACCAAAUCUUUGGAAAUGGCUCAACUUCAUCGCAAUUUGUGGGCGGAAAGCGAGAGAAAUAUGGACCACUGGACCCGACCAGCGUCCCCAGGCAAUCGUCCAUUUUUUGGCGGAUCUCGCAUGAACUCGUCCACAUCAAGAGCGCAUGGCAGCUCUACGAACGGGUUCCGUUAAGCCGACUGAUCGCCCCUGGAAUGUUUAAAACGUUCAUUUUAUUUUUGUUCUUUUGUUUUCAAUUUUUCGUUCCUGAUUUUUGUUGUAAAAUGUAUUUCGCAUGGUUUUACCCCUUUUUCACUGAGUUGUGGCCCUAAGUCACCGUAUUCUUUUUGUUGUUACCCUCGGAAUUUUUUAAAUAAUUACCCUCGGAAUUUUUUAAAUAAUUUUUCCCGAUUUUUUCCUAGGAAUAUGUUAACGUUGAGGUUUCUUCCUCAACGUGAACAUUUUAACUCAAUGGUGCUCCAUGAGGCCAUUUCCUUUUCAAUGAAUUUUUUAAAUUAAA